AUGGAUCCGCAAUUCCCCUCUGCGGGCUCAAGGCACGAUCCUUCGCAGUCGCAACACCAGCAGCCCAAUGUCCCUCCUUACGACAUCUCCGUGAUGGGCCAUUAUGGAGCCAGCGCGGCGCUCGUAGCAUCUUCAUCAGUGCCAGCUCCAGAUAUAUACAGCGGCGCAUUCGCAAAUGUUUCUCAAGGUUUGCACGGUCAUUACCGCGAUAUCCUUACAACGUACUGGCAACAGACCAUAAAUCAAUUAGAAAAUGAAGAACAUGAUUACAAGCUUCAUCAAUUGCCAUUGGCAAGGAUAAAGAAAGUCAUGAAGGCAGAUCCAGAGGUCAAGAUGAUUUCCGCAGAGGCACCUAUACUUUUUGCAAAAGGGUGUGACAUAUUCAUCACGGAACUCACAAUGCGCGCCUGGAUCCACGCCGAGGAGAAUAAACGCCGUACCCUGCAACGUUCCGAUAUUGCGUCGGCAUUGGCGAAGAGCGACAUGUUUGAUUUCCUUAUUGAUAUUGUCCCACGGGAGGAAGCAUCGCAUACCAAACGGUCCGGAGGUGGUGCAAGUCAUCAACAACAACAACCACAGCAACCUCCACAGCAACCACCACAGCAGCAGCAGCCUCAACAACAGGUUCCCCCCCAGCAGCAACCUCAGAUUCCCGCUGGGCAAGAUUACCUUAACCAUCCUGCAAUGGCUCAAGAUCCGGAACGGUAUAAUCAGCCAAACAUUUAUGGUGGAGGGGUCCCACAGCAGGGAAACUAUCCAUCGCAUCCGAUUUACCAAGAGAGCUUAGAGGGGAUGUAUGGAUAUCCACCAAUGCCACACCAGCCUCAUGUAAGACCCUCCUAUCACCGACCAUCCUCCCAUGUUUCCCCCGCUUUCCCAUUUGUUUCACACCCUGGAGCACGGGACCAUUUGCCAAUACCUAAUUCUGUUCCAUUGGCUCAUGAUCAACAGAUGUAUCAACUGCCCAACCAACGUGGCCAUUUACAAGAUCCCCAAGGCGCAGGGGGUAGCAACGAACAAGGCGAAGUCGGUGAUGCAGAUGCUGAGGGCGAACGAGAUUACGACGUCGCCUAA